AGAAAUUACUCCUGAUAUGGAAAAAGAAAUUUUACAAGAAAAAAGAACUAUCUCCUAUGUGGAAAAAGCAUUUGAAGAAAUUAUGCAGAAACCUUUUAUAAGUGAGGUUAUUAUUCUAAAUAAAAAUGGUAAUCCCAUAAAAACAACAAUGGAGAGAAACGUUGCUAUCCGGCAUGCCGGGUUAUAUGAAACAUUACGUCAAAGAGCUGAAAAAAUCGUAAAACAAUUUAAAACUUCCGAUGAAAUAAUGAUGUUUCACAUUCGCACAAAAGACCACGAAGUCAUCAUUUGUCCAGAUGGAAAAAUUACGGUGAUCGUAAUCCAGAAACCUAUUGAUGGCAUGAUGUUAUAA